AUGGCAGCUGAGCCGCCGCCUCCGGCGGAGGUUGGUGCCCGGGGAACAAUUGGGUCGCUGGUGUCGCAAGAGAUUGAGUACUUUCGAAGGCUAAAUCCAGACCACCAGGAAGCCUCCACCAGGAGGGACUAUAAGCAAAAGCCAGGCUCAAGUAGAGAAGAACAGAGGAGGAGGAGGAAGAAGAAGAAGUUACCAGCUAGAGGAGGGUUUCUUCCUAGUGUGUGCUCUGCAGUGGAUGUGAUUGACACAAAAGGAAUAGAGAAAGCUGGAGCAAUUGGCUACAAGAACUUGAGAACCGAUGGGAAGUAUGUGCCUGAAGAUGUAUACAGUAGUGUUGCAUUUGAUGGUUGUUUAGUAUGGAAUGCUCAAGAGUAA